GUUGCAGAAGUGCGGUGUUUUUAUUAUUAAUCCUAACCUUAAUAACGUUAGUUUUGUAGAUACUUGCAUAGAUUAUUUAGUUUUGUAAAGAAUAAAAUGAAAUUGUCACAGAUUUUAUACAAACAGCACAUCGGUCGUAUGACCCGUAGACAUUGGUAUGUUCACGGAAAAAAAACACCACAUGACCUUAGGUCCGAAAAGGUUCUAACAUCAAAAGGAGUCCAAAUCAUUGAUUCGAAGGAAAUUUUGAAACCAAAAAGAACAGAGUUUUUCGACUUUAAAAAAGUAAACUUUCUGAGAAAAGUACCUAUUCCAAAAGACCAAAACCAUCCGGAUUGGCAUGAUAGACCCUGUUUGGUUUAUGAGGAUCAUGAGCUGUUGGUUCAAGGACUUGCACAGGCUCAACAAAUAACAAAAACAGUGGUCUUUGAAAAUGUUCUCCCUGCAAAUGUAGAAGCUUUGACAGAGCAAUUAAAUCUUCCACAAGAAACUGAUACUCUAGUUCAAAGGAUAAUAGAAAAUUCGGUUAUAUUUGAUGCCCAUCAAGAGCUGUUGCCAAAAUUGAAAGAUCCCAGUAGACCUGCUUGGAAUUUCCCAAGGCAAAUGGGUAUCACGGAUCAAAGAAAAAUCUCCAAUUUAAGUAAGAAGCUUAUUCAACUUUGCGAUUGUUUAAGUGGACCACAAGUAGCUAGUACUAGAAGCAUCAUAGAGAAUGCAUUACUUUGUUAUCCUUUUGAAAAGGAAUUCGAUCAACUUAUGUUUACUUUAACAAUGGAUGUUGUAUUGAUGUCUGAGAAACCUUUAAAACCAGCUGGUCAAGUCAAAAAAGAUCAUGAUAGUAUGACUUUGCCAAUCCUUUAUCCUAUGACCCCUACAGUUGGCAUGCGUAAACAAAAUAUAUACAAACUUCAAAAUUUAUAUCCAUUAAUUUCUGGAUAUCAUCAGAAAAAUAUACACACAGUUUUCAUAUAUUAUGACAAAACUAGUGUUAAAAACAUAACAGAGUUAGAAACAGAAGAAACACAGGUUUUUGGUAGAGCUAUGAUGAAAGCAUUUACUGCAGCUGCUAGCACAGCUAGGCAAAAGUAUGGCACUGAUGUGAAAGAACUUCCAGAACCAAUUACAGUACAAUGUAUCCAAUCAGAUGGAAAACAAUUUUACUUCUCUGUAUAUCAACUUAACACUCUGGAUAUUGAUGGAGAGAAUGGCAUGAAAAAUUAUUGCUGGACUUUACCCAAACUCAAUCUUUAUAAUGUGGGUGGCUACGAAAAUGGAAAACCAGUUGUGGAAGGGUAUAAUCCAGAAGUCUUUAGAAGGAUAUUAGCUUUUUAUAAAAAUAAUUAAAUGUUAUACAAAUUAACCAACUUGCGUAUUUAUUUCUUAGAUUUUUCAAAGUAUUUUAUAUAAACUGUACAUCCUAAAAUAGCUAUUUCAAGCAGAAUAAUUAGUAUUAAAACAAA